UUAAAAACAAAAUACGUACUAAAUAUUUGUCAUGUCAUAAUUUGAAAGCUGACGCCAAAAAUUUCUUGUAAGGAUUUGUGUGCAAUUUUGAAACAAUGUGCAAAAAUCAAAAGGCAACUCUAAAUGCUGGCAAUGAAGGUGCUUCUCGAACGAGGGGCGAUUUGCCCGAGCAAUGCCAGGAAACGAAAAUAAGUGAAACUCCCGCGACAAAUUCUAUUGUUAACGCGAAAUCAAACAUCUCUAACGAACGCCGAUUCAAGUCUAAAAGUAUUUCCCAGAAUCAAAUUGAAGAAACUGUCGCGAAAAAUCCAAAACGUUUAAAGGGUGGAUAUGCCGAAGAUCGUACUGUCCAGCAAGCUGAGGUAGUUAAGUACUUUUCAGGCGGACCACCUGUUUAUAGCUUUGCGGAUGAGAUAUGGCGGAAAGGUCUGGAGAAAAAGCAGGAAAAAUAUCGAGAAAAUCUCAGGACGUUGCAAAUUGAAAAUAAGAAGUUUAUGAAAAGGCAAGUUGCCGCGGGUCACAAUGAACUUAUGGCAUUGGUGGGCCCCGAUUGGUUCCAAGAACUUUCCCCAAACCAACUAAAAGCGGCAGAUAACUUAAAAAAUUGUAUUCUCAAAGAUAAAAGGUACAAAUGCAUUACCUACACCAAGGAUAAUAUUGGAGAGCUUGGCCUGGUACUUCGACCAAAUCAACGGCAUAUAAAGAAAGCAUUAAAUAACUGCUGCGAAUGUCCAGUGGAAUUUUUAUUAAUUUUGUACCAACUAAUGAACCAGAAACGUACCGAAUACUCUAUCAACGAUCGUCUGCUUUUGUCUGCGGUUGCGCAUUUAACAAUGAGAGAGACGCUUAAGGAGUUACACAUUCGCAUACCGUCGCCUCCACGCUCGCCAAGAAAACCAAACCCAGUGCUCGAGCAACCACCAAAACCUCGCUAUAAAUCUCCAUAUUUGGCAACCUUCGAUUUUGUUCCAUGUCCUAGAAAGUACACAGGAGUGUACAAAAAUAAACACGUACAACACCCGGAGAGCCCAUAUUUUGCUUAUAUCACCGAAUUGAAGCAAGAGAGAGCAUUUGAAAAUGACGAGAAAAGGAAGACGUAUAUCCAGAGAAAACAAUCCGGCAUAACAGUGGACCAACAAAAGGAAAUAGUGGCGGAAUUAAAGUCCGCCCAGAAGAUAUACGAAUCGUUGGUAGAUUUCGAACCCGUCCCGUACCUACUAAAACCAUCUAUUUACAUUCCUUGCGAUCAUGUAGCGAAGCUUCCGGAAGAGUUGGCGAUGGGACACGAAGAAACCGAGCUAGAGCAAAAGGAUUUGUCAAUUCCAAUCGCGUUCGAAGACCCCCCAUGUGAUGAAUUAUGUGGGGUGGAGGAGCAACAGAUAGAACCUGAAAAGAUUACGAGUGAGGUUUUGAUCGUUCCAGACGAAUCAAUUGAGCAGCCGAAGAGCGUGCCGGAAGGUGAAAUGUUGGUGGUUGCAAGGGUACCCUCACUUGGUUGCACUUGCAAAGAAGACGUGGAAGAAAGCAUUAAGACUAACCUAUGCCAGUGCGCACAGUGCACUGCCCGCAGGCAGGAAUUGUCUACUGGAACUUGUAAGUGUAUGGCGGUGUAUGAAACGAAAUUGCAAAUUUAUGAAAAAUUGAAGCAAAGGUUUGAUGCCCAACAAGGUUUGAUAUCGAUGCCAAAGCCAUAUGUGGUAGGCGGUAUUACUUACACCUACGAUGGGCAGCCAGUGUAUAUGUUGUCAGGGGUUGCUCCAGAGCUAGAAUGCUGUUGUGCAGCAAUUCAACGAGAUCAACUUCUGGAAGAGCAAAGACGCGCAAAUAUGCCUACCAUUCCUUUAGGAAAGCAAAAAUAUGUCAUAUCCGGAGUACAAUCAACAGACAAAGGGAACGUCUUUGUAGUAUCAAGCGCUGUUCCCACAGAAGAUUGCACAUGCAUGAAGCUUUUCAAAGCAUACCAAGAACGACACGUUCAAUGUUUGGAAGUCUACCAAAAGUACUUAGAGAAGAUGCGGAUAGACGUUCACGAGUAUAUGUUGGAAAUGACAAAUGAUCCCAGGUUUCAAGAAGAAAUUACAAAUGAUCCCAGGGCUCAAGAAGAACUUACAAAUGAUCCCAGGUUUCAAGAAGCUGAACUACCCGCGAUAGAGGAACAAGUUGAGGAUUCCAAACCUGAAGACCAAACGACGAUGCAAAUGUGCUCGACUGUAAGAUCAACCAUUGUAAAUGGGGGCGAAGAUGUUCAACUCGCAAUCGAAAGUGGUGCUGCAAACGUGCCUAAAUGCGAGUGCGGAGGUGAAGAUCCGUGCAGUAAUUCAAUCAUUUACCUGACGGGGGAUGCUAUACAAGCUACAUGCAUCUGCACUAAGCCGCCACCGGUUUGCGACGAGGCCUGUGGAAAAAUUGAGGACGAACCAGAAAGCGAUUCCGAAAUGUCAGAUUUAUAUAGGUUUAUCAUUUUAAACAAAAUGCCGUCGAAUUACGACGAUCAGAUGAACAUCCUAAAGACAGCACUUCGUAUAAUGGCGGACGAUGGGUUUCCCCUAGCAAAAUUGCCCGACAGUUGGAGUUUGCCGAUCUUCAGGUUGUGGAUGGACAUGCGGUGUCGCAGAUAUUGGACACAAGAGGACCGUUUAACUUUUUAUGAGGAAAGUAUGCGCCAUUGGAACCACUUGAUUUACUGCGAUAGAAGCAUUACGGCAGGAGCUAGAUUGGACAUGUCUACACAAAAAGCAAGGCAGUACACUUGGGCGCACGCUUAUAGUGUCCGGAAAAUUGCCGCUACCAAGGAGAAUAUUUACUAUCGUCAAGUGAAACAGGUGGCAAUCAACGAAGCUCGGGAGUUUUUUCCUUCUACUUUUUCGUACGAGUUGCCCACCCCUAAUUUUCGAGAUUGUUUUUUUGCUUAUGCUCCUGCUAAAGAAGACGAUUGCACUUAUUUUAGGCCUUGGUUUUCUCAUGAAUUUAAAAAGAAAUAAUCAAAAUGUUUGGUUAAUAAUUAAUUAAUAAUUACUGUGUAUCUGAUUCGUUUUCACGUUACUAUUGGAUCUAAGACGUCCAACGAUGGUCACAACGUUCACCAAUCUGGAUUUGGUCAUAAGGUUUACUACUUUAGGUGACCUUUAGGUGAAUAGCGUUCGAUACGAUCUCGCAUGAGGUAUUGCUGGCUAUACUACAUUAUAUUGGGGCUUCGCAAUCUGGGAUUUCACUAAUUAAUAGUUAUCUGAAUAAUCGUCAGCAAUCAGUAUUUUGCAAUGGUCAGGCAUCAAAGUACUUAAAUAUCAAAAGAGGGGUCCCUCAGGGAUCCAUAUUAGGGCCUUUACUGUAUUUAAUUUACACACAUGCUAUCCCUUCUGUUCUAAAAGAUUGCCAAUAUCACCUAUAUGCUGACGAUACUCAGAUAUAUUUUUCGUUUUUUCCAAGAGACAUAGUGAAGGCGUGUGAAACUGUAAAUAGUGACCUACAAAACAUUUUUGAAACAUCUACAAACCAUUGCCUCAACAUAAACAUGAGAAAAUCAGUUGUUAUGUUAUUUGCAAAUUCUAGUGAUUUGGAGAUUUUGUCUGCUCAAACGAAUAUAUAUGUAGGUGGUCAUAAACUAGUAAUUCAAAGAUCUGCUAAGAAUCUCGGUGUAAUCAUAGAUAGUGAACUGCGAUUCACUCAGCAAAUAUCAAAAAACAUCCAACGGGGUUAUGCUGCUUUAAAAGCUAUUUAUAUUAAUCGCGAUAUUUUAAAUAUAAAGAC